CCGGUGCAAUAAUUCAGCUUUCAAGUUCACACCGAAGGAACGGAUCUCCGAUCUCUAUAUGUUUUAUAAAGGGUUUCCGACUCAUCUCUACACAUUUACCGAACAAGGAUUGCUGACUUGAAAUAAUCAGGAAUUAGACUUCAAAUGGAUCUUCAAAGACGGCGUUGUGUUCAUGAAAAUGAAGAUAUUUUGGGCUCUUCUGUACUGGAGCACUUUUACUGGAUCAGACUUCGCCAGUAUGAAGCACCUGGAGGACUCAUUCAAUGACUGAGCAUCACCAAUGGCGUGAUUAUCCGCUCCAUUGUCUUAGCAAUGGAUGAUAAAUCCAACAAACUCCUUUUAGUUCCUAUUUUGACCGUUUUAUUCAUCAUGAUCGGCUAUCAGUACAUCUGUCCAGCGGGCAGCACGUCUUGUCGUAUCGGGAAUGGAGAGAAUAUUCCGUUCUCCAAACAUCCCGCAGACGUCAAGCGAGAGUCUCCGGAUCCAGACGAAGACGGCUCGGUGCGAUUCCGGUCCAAAUUCAACUUCACGCGCGACGAUCUCGAGCGCCACGUGGAUUUUGACAUUAAGGGGAGCGACGUGAUCGUAUUCCUCCACAUCCAGAAGACCGGUGGAACAACGUUCGGGAGACACCUGGUGAGGAACAUCCACCUGGAGCACCCGUGCGACUGCCGCUCCGGCCAAAAGAAAUGCACGUGUCACCGGCCGGGGAAAGCGGAGUCGUGGCUUUUCUCACGCUUCUCCACGGGCUGGAGUUGCGGUCUGCACGCGGACUGGACCGAGCUCACGAACUGUGUGCCUGCUGUGAUGAAUAAAAAACAAAAGAAAGACGCGCCAUUGAACCGACGGAACUUCUACUACAUCACGCUGUUGCGGGACCCCGUGUCACGCUACCUGAGUGAGUGGAAGCAUGUGCAGCGUGGUGCCACAUGGAAGACAGCGCUACACAUGUGCGAUGGGCGUCCGCCCACCUCAGACGAGCUUCCAGCCUGCUACAGCAGUGAAGACUGGACCGGCGUGUCUCUAGAGGAGUUUAUGAUCUGCCCAUCAAACUUAGCCAACAACCGCCAGACUCGCAUGCUGGCUGAUCUCAGUCUGGUGGGCUGCUACAACCUGUCCUCCAUGAGCGAAGAACGACGUGCCGAGCUGCUCCUGAGCAGUGCCAAGCGCAACCUGCGUCGCAUGGCCUUUUUCGGUCUUACUGAGUUUCAACGCAAGACACAGUUCCUUUUUGAGAGGACGUUCGGCUUGCACUUCAUCACCGCCUUCACUCAGAUUAACGGUACACGGGCGGCCGGGGUCACAGUGGGGGCAUCCACUCUCCGGCGCAUAGAGAAAUUGAAUGCACUGGAUGUGCAACUGUACGAGUAUGCACAGGAGCUUUUCUUGCGACGUGUCCAAUACUGCCACCAACAGGAGAGGCAGGAGGAGCGGGAGAGGAGGCGAGAAGAACGCAGGAGAAUUAAGGAACAAAAAGGAUCACAGUUUAAAGGACAAGAGGAGGACAAAGGAUACACAGAUUUGGAAAUGGAGACAACGCAAGAGGGAACAGGUGUGACAGAGGACUAUAGUAGUCAGGUGGUGAGGUGGUGAUGCCAGUCUGAUGCGUUUUAUGUUUGUUUCCCCUUCAAAUCAUCUGCAUGCUGUCCUACAGGCCUCCUCAUCUUCUGUUUGAUUGUCAAUGAUUGAGCACAGAUCCAUCUUGGAGCAACUUUGUACCAGCAAUUGACCCUUCGCUAACCCCGCCUAAUAAUGUCUGACCAAUCGUGCUAGGGCUGCAUAAAAUGGAGGAAAAUUGCAAUAUGUGUUGGAGACAGCGAUGGCAAUAUGCGAUGCGAUAAACCUAAGAUUUUCGAGUCAAAAUUGAAUUAAAUUUUUUCAGGUCUAAACAAAGGGUAGGCGACAUUAACUAUUUACAAAAUGCAACCUGGUCUCAUAGGAUCAUGUUACUGUAACUACAUUUUUGCUAAAUUACUUUUACGUGGCUUGUUCUACAAUACGUAUCGCAGAACUUUCCUGGACACUGGUAUU